AUGGCUGCCGUCCAGCCCACACGCACUCGGUCGGCCCGGUUGAUGGCUGGCUUCACGAACAAGUCGGCCCAACAUGCACCUCCACCAGCACCAUCCCACGCCGUCAGCCACGGACCCUCUGCCCUUUCGCUGUUCUUGACCAACUUGCAUCUUCUUGACCUCGAUAAGCUUCCAGAUUGGCCGGGAAUAUGCGUCGAGACUUUUGUGGCGGGCGGUUCGAGUGCACAGGGUCAGAAGAAGAGGGUGCAGUGUGUCGAGUGGGCUCUCUUCCAGCUCUUUGCCCUGUGGGAUCCUGAAGAGACCAAGAAGAAGCUGAAACCCUUCUUUCCUCCCCUCGAUCAGGUCCAGUCGAUCAACCUUCGAGCCGCCCUACUACGAUCACUCGAGCUUGCCAAGAAGGGCGGAGUCCUUGGAAGAGAUGCCAUUGUACGAAAGACUAUGCUGGAUGAAUGCAGGGGCGAAAGACUGGAGGAGGUUCUUUCUGCCUUUUCUUCUGCCGUUUUGAAGCAUGUCAUUGCUGAAGAGUUGGCAACAAGCGGUGAACAUUCCGCCCUGGCCCUUCGACUGGCCCUUGAGGAUCGCGACUACAAGAGCGCCAAUACGGACCUCAAUAUUAUGGUUUUGGCUCACAAGGUCUCUGUCGGCCGGAUUUUGAGGAGCAAGAAAGCCGCCAACAACAGAUUCCGCGAUUUCGCCAGCUUGUUGACCGACAAAGAGAAGGACAUUGCAAAGAGGACCGAAGCACUGCAGGCCCUGGAACAAGAGGGCAAGACAAUCUCUGACGAUGCGAGGCUGGAAAUGUGGCGCGCCAUCCGAAACAACUGGUCCGGAAACGAGCGAUGGAUGGAAACUUUGUUGUAUGGCGACGCAAGCUCCAAGAAGGACGCCCUAUUGGGCAUGCCUUUUGAUCGAGUCUGGAGGAGAGUUCAACAAGGUCGACUGGGGGAAAUCGAAGAGCAUGGAAGCGGUCUUUUGGAGCAACUCGAUAGCCGGGUUCGAGUUCAAAAGGAACGACUUGAAAAGUGGCAGAGUUUCCGAAGGCAACUAUCUCAGCAUCAACCUAUGCCAUCUCCUUCAAAGGUUAAGCGACGAGAGAACAGAGAGAAGGGUAUCGACUUUGGAUUUGGCGCUCACGAGGCUUUGCAUUCCGGAAGAGCAAGCCCUAGAAAGGCGACCAUUGGACAGAAACGAGCUUUGGGCGAGGAGUACGACAGUCUACUCCGCGGUUUAGACGAGCAACUUGAGAGCGCAAAACCUCAAAAGUCUUCGGCUUUGGCCUUUUUGCAACGACCUGCUGCGCUGAACGCACCGGAGAUCAACAUUCCAGCCCCAGCUGUGGAGGAAGAAGAGGGGGAGAUCAGUGAGCUGGAGGAAGAGGACCCAUUCACCGAGUCACCGAUUAAGUCGUUUAAGACGAGGCUGGAUAUGACUAGGAGAAUGCCAGUCCGACCAAAGCUCGUCCAUCGCGACGACUCGUUUGCUUCCAUUUCGUCGAGCACGAGAAACCUUCGCAAGCCAUCUGAAGACGAGGCCCGUAUUCUUCGCGCCUCGUCGGUCGAGCGCACCAGCUCUCCAGAGCCUGAGGAGGAGCCUGAUGACGAUCCCACUAUUGCGGUGACUCCUCCACGACCCGAACAUGAUGUUUCGCCCGAGUUGUCUCCUGAACCAUCUCCCGAACCCUCGCCUAACCAGGAAAUGGCCGAUCAGAUCCUCGAGUCAAUGGAACAAGCGUCUCCUUCGCCGAAGAAGCGACCUAGGCCUCGACACACACUUUCCCUUGCUGAGCGCACUCGCCUCUCUAUGGCUCAUGGAUCGUUUGCUUUCCCUGAUCUUGAUGAGCCUGAGCUCCCUAUUGCACCGACACCUACAGAUUCGGCCCCGACUCCAGAUGAGAACAGCCAAACUCUCGUGAACGACGAGUUUGAGGAUCUUAGUGCUCGAACUCGCAAGAGUAUGGCUGGCUUCGAUAAGGCGAGACAAAAAGCUCAGAUUGAGAGAAGACGCUCUCUCAGAAAGUCCCGAGUGCCACCCAGGAAGGAGGGAAGCUAUUUCCCCAAGGUCGAAGAGGAGGACAAGACGAUCUUGACUGAGGAACUCAUGGCAGAGGAGGAUAUGGAGGCUGUUUUCCGGUCCCGACCCAAGAUCAAGGCGAGCCCCUUACCGAGUCCUACUCGUGACUGGGAGGACGAUGAGUACAUGUAA